CCUUUAAGCAAUCACAGAGGAAGGAAGUGUCCAACACUGUCUCCUGCUCUUCCUCUCCCCCUCCCGACCGCCGGAGAAAAGAAUGAGAGAGAAUGAGCUGGAAAGAUACCGCGAUCCAUUUAUUUGCUGGAGGAUGUGGAGGCACAGUAGCUGCAAUCCUGACAUGUCCACUAGAAGUUCUGAAAACACGAUUGCAAUCUUCAUCUAUUACUCUCUACAUUUCUGAAGUUCAGCUGAAUACUGUGAAUGGUGCAAGUGUUAAUCGAGUUUCUCCACGGGCUUUCCAUUGCUUUAAGAUGAUCUUACAAAAUGAAGGUCCCCGGUCAUUUUUCAGAGGACUAGGUCCUAACUUGGUAGGCGUGGCUCCAUCCAGAGCGCUAUAUUUUGCAACUUACUCCAAGUCCAAAGAAAUUAUGAAUAACAUAUUUGAGCCAGAUUCUACUCAAGUACAUAUGACCUCAGCUGGAGUGGCAGGUUUUACUGCAAUCACCAUAACUAAUCCAAUUUGGUUAGUAAAGACACGAUUACAACUUGAUGCAAGGAAUCGUGGAGAAAGGCGGAUGAAUGCUUUUGAAUGUGUACGCAAAGUUUAUCGGUCAGAUGGAAUUAAAGGUUUUUACCGAGGGAUGUCUGCCUCUUACGCAGGCAUAUCAGAGACUGUUAUUCAUUUUGUUAUUUAUGAGAAUAUUAAACAAAAAAUCUUGGAAUGUAAUUCUGCUUCUGGGAUGGAUAAAGAGGAUGAGCCUGUCAAAAAAGCAUCUGAUUUUGUUAGUAUGAUGGCAGCUGCAGCCACUUCCAAAACCUGUGCUACAUCUAUAGCCUAUCCACAUGAGGUUGUACGAACAAGACUACGAGAAGAAGGAACAAAGUACCGAUCCUUUUUCCAGACGCUGUCAUUGCUUAUGCAAGAAGAAGGCUAUAGUUCUUUCUACCGUGGCCUAGCCACACAUUUAAUAAGACAAAUACCAAACACGGCUAUAAUGAUGACUACCUAUGAAGUGGUAGUCUACUUGCUCAAUAGACAGCAGCACUACUAUCUGACUAUAGGGAAAUGAAAGACCAAAAAUUUGCAACGGACCAUAAACAUUCUGAAUGACAGAGAGCAGCUAUACACACACACACACAUAUAUAUAUAUCAUCCAGGUAUAUCACCCAUAUAUCAACUAUAUCCAUAUGUGGACAAAGUGGAAGACUUGAUAGGCAAUCAUUUACACUUCUCCUGGCUUGUUAUAUGGUAUUUCUUGCAAGUUGUUCUUGAGGACUGCAUUUAAUAUGUCAUACUUCAGUUGCAAUUUCCUCUUAACAUGUUAACUUUUUUACUUCUAUGCAGCGAGCAGAGAAGGCUUGGUGUAAGGAAGUUUUAACUUUUUAGUGCAAGGUGUAAAUCCAUUACUGGCUGUAGAGUUAUGUUCUCCUAAAGCAGUUUGAAGGCUAUGUCAGGAUAAACCUGAUUCAUGCUCGUAUCCAAAAGUCCAUUUUGCAAUUGAAAUAAAAUGAAAGGUGAAGAUUUACAUUAAGCUUCCCAUUUUACUACCUCAGUGGGUUUCAGGAGCAAAUGUAAAUCCCUAAAUCCCUCUAAAAACAUAGAAAUCUUCAUUUGUAUAAAUGGGGGCAGGACAGAAAGAACAAAAUUCUAAUAAUUUUAACAACUAACCCUGGGAUUCAGUGUGCUGUAGGUGCAUAUUUUAAUAACCUACUUAUUUUUGCUGUACAAAUAGAAGAAUGUUAAGAUCUGCGUAAGAUUUACUUCUGUUCUCCUGUAUGAAUCCUAUUAGAUGAAUCCUGAUGAAUCCUAGUAGGACUUAAAAGUAUUUCUAGAUUGUGUUAUUUUGAACCGAGAAUGAACCAACCCUUGAAUAGUGGCAAAUAAUUUAAUAAUUCAGCAUUAUGUUAGACUUCAGCAAACUGAAUUAUUGUAAGAGUUACUUCACCUGAGCUAAAAUCUGCAUCAACUAAAUGCCAAACUUCACUAUACUUCAAGACCGUAUCAAAAAAAAAUGCUAAUGGAAUUAACUGAAGAAAUAACAUUUUAUUAUUUGCUUAAUUUCUGGUGCAUUGUGCAGAACUUGAAAAAUGAAUGUUUCUUUUUUUCCCCCUCAAAGUAUAAUCCUUAAAAUUUAUUUUAACAUUUAUACAAUAUCAUUUGCUAUAAUUUAAUAGUUGGUUUUCACUAAGGCAUAGUAACUUUGUUGUCUUUAACAAACACUAUUCACAGUAUUACAAGUAACCUGUUUUAGUGUUAUAUAAUUAAUAUAAAAAUCCUACAUUCAGUUUUUUAACUACAGCCCUUCUGUUCCAAGCAAAUUUUCUGCCUAUGUAUUACUGUUUUCUAAUUGAAUAUUUGCAUAUUUUUAUUUGCAAAUUUAGCUAGUGAUACCAAGAAACAAGCUUGUGAAUUCAUUUGCGGGUAUUUAGUUCAAAGAAAAUAUUCUAAAAAUGUGUAUCAUUAGUGCAUUUGAUUUUUUUAUUUAAGAAAAUUAAAAAAUUGUAAUGGUGCAAUCCUACUCUUGCCUAUUCAGAAGUUACAAAGAAUGUAGAAAGAUUUAUUUCUAAGUCAGUUGUUUCUAAAUAGAAUUAUAGCUGAAAGGCAACUGGCUUAAAUCAUGGUUAGUUCCCUUUAUUGUAUAUAUUUUGUUACUGUAUAAUACAGAGAAGUGAAACAUAGGGGCACGAGGAAGGCGUAAAAUUUAUUUCUAUAAAUUGUUCAAUUUUUUUAUUGCAGGCUACUUUAAAAUAUUGCAGGGAUACUGAGAAUAUAGCCAACUGUCAAAAUAGUUUCUCCCAGGCUAUUCUGUAGCAGAUAUGUUUCCUAUAGACUUGCAAUAUUUAGUUUGAUGGUUGUAUUAAAAUGUACCUCUUGUUACAAAUCAUUCUGCUGGACCUUUUUAGCAGAAAAUAAUUUUCUUUAAUGAGACUGAUCUUGUUAUGCAUGUAGUCCUUGAUUUACGAACACAUUUGGGGCUGAAAUUUUGAUUGCUAACCAAAGUUAUUAAGCAAAUCUGGCUUCUCCCAUUGACUUACUUAUUGGAAGCUUGCUAGGGGGUUGCAAAUCAUGAUCACACGACUGUAGGAUACUGCCUCUGUUGUAAAUGUGAGCCUGUUACCAAGUGCUCAAAUUGUGAUCAGGUGACUUGCACGGAUGAUGUGAUGUUGUAAAUUCAAGGACAUACUAUAAAUCAUUUUUUUCAGCACCAUUGUAACUUCAAACUAUCAUUAAAUGAAUGGUCAUAAGUUGAGGACUACCUGUAUUAAUAUACAUGACACAUACAAUUAUUAGUUGAAGAUGAAUGAAGAAAACUUAUCAUUAAAGGAAUGGAUUCCCCAACAAAUUUCUUGCUUGUAAAUAUUACUGACAAAGAUGUUAUUAGUAGUAAACAAUAGGCUAUACAUGUUUGCUGUCUUAAAUGAUAAAAUUGAGUAAUAUUACUUUGUUAUGAAGAAAUUUCUAGAAAAAUAGACUUCAUGUAUUUCUAUUUCUACACUCAGGUAGAUUCAGAUAACCAAGUCCCCCUCCCCUCCAAAUGUGCAAUCACCAUUAACACCAUAUGAUAGCAUUCCAACAACAAUCGCCAAAGGUGAUGAGUCAGAGAACUUUGGGGCAAGCUUAAAAUGUAGGUAAAAUCAUGAUUACUUACUAACUCUAAUCUGACAAGUCUUUAAAAAUGAAUAUUUCAAAAUCAUAAGCUGUUCUAAGCAUGCCAGCUUUAUGAACCCACAUUUCUAUUGUUCAUUAUAAAGUAGAUCCCACUCAGUACAUGAUCAUGCGGUAUUCUGAUCGUGCAGUUGCUUAAGGCACAUAUGACUUUGCUAGAUGAACAAAGUCUCUUAGCUAGCAUUUAUUUGGGCAUAAUUCAAAACAAUAUAAACUUCUUUGGUAAAAUUUUUAUACUCUGCCUUCAGAAAAAUGCAUUUAUGAUGGAUAUAUUAAUUAGGGAUGUGAUGAAGUAAUAAAGUCAUCCUAAGUAUUUUUACUGUCAUUGUCAUUUCAUAUAUGCUGUGACAUGAGUGGUGGAAUAUCUAGGUUCAAAGGAGAAAUAGUUAUAUCUGUGUGUGUGUAUGUAUGUUGUGCUUGUCAGCAAUUCUUUAUAAACAACGUCAUUGUUCCCUUCUUAAGGCAGUGACUACAGAAUCCCAGAAAAAAUUACAUUAAUUUAACAAGGUAUGGACAAUUGUAACUUUCUUUUUGCAUCCUGAUUCCUUGUAGUUUUUUUUAAUUAGUGCAUUACUUGCUAAACAUGAAUCUGAAAGGUACUUGUUUGCUUUAGUCCAGCAUUUCUCAACUUCUACAGUUUUAAGAUAUGUGGACUUCAACUCCCAGGAUUCCCAAGCCAACAUGUUGGUUGGAGAACUCUGAUCAGUGAAAUCUUUACAUCUUAAAAGUUGCUGAGAUU